CCUUGUUUCGAAAGGCGGGUUGUUGCAAACAUUCUUUGUGAUGUGAUUGAACACUUUUCGCCCCGCCGCCUUAUGUAAUAUUAUUCAGGUUACAGAGGGGUGACGAUUUCGAACGCUAUCGAAAUUCGCAUCACGAUGAAGGAACAUUCAUUCCUACCUAUUUAUUUGUACAAAAGAAGUUGUAUCAGUUCAAAUCACUACCACUUUUUCACAUGUGAAGCGGAACCAUAGGCCAUAGGAAUCAUAUGCACCAUUCCUUACCAACUACACAACCUUAUGAUUGACAACCUCGAAGCACAGUUCAUUUUGUACUUCAGCCUCUGUAUUCGACCCACCUUCAUUCCCGCAAUCAAAGCAAACAUCUUUCUGCCAUUUCAAAAUCACCAUAACAUAAACUAAUCUCCCUCAUUACAAACAAAAAUACGAAUACAAUCAACUCUUCCGCGACCGAUAAUUCAUCAUGGAUGAUCCUGUCGAAGCUUUUACGUCCAUCACAGGGCAAUCAGAAGCUGUGGCAAGACAGUAUCUGGGAAUGACCGACAACAACUAUGAACAGGCAAUAGGAUUAUUCUUUGAAGCACCUGAACUCGCCAACAGCAAUAACGAUACUUCUCACCAAGCGCCACCACAGAUACCUACUUCUACCAGACCACAAAGAUCCACGGCUCGUGCCCAGCAAAAUUCAUCUGUGGUGGUAAAUUUGGAUUCCGAUGAUACUAUGGAAGUGGAUGAUGACAACAGUGAUGAGGGAGACUCUGAGGCCGCAACAGCUGCUGCCAUUGCACGCGCGGCCGAAGUAGAGGAUGAUGCUGCUAUGGCGCGGAGAAUGCAAGAAGAGCUUUAUGCUGGUGGAGAUGCAAGUGGCGGUUUCGAUGCAGAAGGCGUAAGAGCACCUAUUGCGAGAACGACGGAGACACUUGUUGGUGGUACAGGAGGCUGGGAUGAAGGUGAUGAUGUACACAAUAGUGUUUUCGAGCAAUUGAGACUCCGACAACAAGCCAGAGCGCUUGGAGGUGGAGGCUCAGGUAAGGAGGAGUUGUUAACAUUUUUGCGUCCCAUGUGCUAACAGUAACCAGCUCGGACAGGAAUUUUCAACCAACGAGCCAUUCCGUCAAUUUGGGACCAGGAACACGACGGGUUGGCACAGGCUGCUGGAGGAGCUUCAGAAGGAUCUAGUAAGAAUGCCCGCCUUGCGGAACUCUUCAGACCACCAUUCGACCUAAUGUACAAGUUGCCUUGGGAUUCAGCUCGCGAGGAGGGAAAAGAGUCUGGAAAAUGGAUUUUAGUCAAUGUACAGGACAACUCUAUCUUCGACUGCCAGUCUCUAAAUCGCGAUAUCUGGAAAGACUCUGGCGUCAAAGAUGUCGUGAAGGAGAAUUUCAUAUUCAUGCAAUAUUCUAAGGACGACCCCAGAGGGAACCAAUACAUUCAGUACUACUUUCCACAGAAAGAUAGUGAUGCUGCAUAUCCUCACAUUGCUAUCGUUGAUCCAAGAACUGGCGAGCAAGUAAAGGUUUGGUCAGGACCUCCAGUACCAAAACCUGCAGAAUUCAUCAUGCAAUUGGUUGAGUUUCUAGAUCGAUAUAGUCUCGAUCUUUCCAAGAAAAAUCCAGUCGCGAGAAGGAAACCGGAGAAGUCGAAGUCGCUAGACGUCACUAAGCUCACUGAAGAGGAGAUGCUUAACCUAGCACUGCAAAAUAGUCUCGUGAACAACGGAACAAGUGGGCCUAAAGCGGAUGAUCCAGAUGACCUCACAAAGAGCUUCGGGGAUGUUAGCAAAGGAAAGGGUAAAGAGGUUGAGGAGGAACCUUCAGAGGCAGCCGAGCCCUUCCAAAAUAGCUCUAGCGAAUCAACCUCCACGUUCUCUCAGAUUGCUUCCGAUAGACCACAUACCGAACCCGAAGGCUCUCCUUCGGAAAGCACGCGCAUCCAGUUCAGACACGCCAAUGGUCGUGUUGUUCAUAGAUUUAGACUCGACGAUACAGUACGCCGCAUCUACGAAUGGCUAAAGUCAGAUCCAUUGGAGGGCAAAGCAGGGGUUCCUUUUGAGCUCAGAAGCGCUGGUAAAGAUUUGAUAGAUUCUUUGGACGAAACGGUCAAAGUUGCGGGACUCAAUAAUGGUACCGUGAUGGUGGAGUUUAUCGAGGACUGAGGUUUUGUUUUAAAUUUUCGGGGAUCAUUGAUACCAAAGAGAUUGCUUGCAUCGCAGUUUGACGUAAUAAUGGGCUAUUCACAGCGGAUGUGGAGUUUUCUUAAGGCCUGUCUAUGAUUUCCGAUCAAGAAUAGCAUAUUGGGAGGAUAAUUUCACUUUUCUUCUUUUCGCAUAUGAGUUCCAUCUCAUCAUUGUGCAUAGACGGGACUUACCAGCAAGGAUAAUAGGACUGCUGAGCUAUAGAUUUAUGAGAAUGAGAAACGAGAAUAUCAUGAUAUUGAUGAAAUCACUUGCAAUUACAUUACAGUAUGUUUCGGGUGACAGUGAAGUUCUUGACGAUCCCAACUGGUUAGAAAUAAGUUUCAUAUACUCGAGCGAUCGAAUGAUGGUUGGUUGUGACAUGUAAGUAAGAGAUCCCAU